ACUCAGAUUCAGAUUCAACCAUAAAGAGAAUUUAGUAAAUUCGGUCCAGUCAAAAAAAUGUCAAAAGUCGCUCCGUCACUCAAAAUUUCCGCUGAAAAAUGUUUUCAAAGUCAAAAUUAAGUGUCCUCCCUAAAACCCUUCGUUUCUCGUCAUCGCUGUGUCCCUCCACAGCCCCCAUCAAACCCAUAGUUACCCUUUUAGACACCUUGAGCAGUGUGGGUUCCAACCUUGCCCUUCUCCUAAAACAAAACCUCGACAUUUACGAGUUACGUCUCUUCGACGAAGAGAACAACACUAAUGCCUUCGCUUGCGACUUAAACGAAAUAGAUACACGAACAAAACUGAAAUCAUUCUCUUGCAAAUCGCUGAAAAAUGCCAUUGUGGGGGCACACGUGGUCAUAUCCACCGGCGGCUGCCAGGAAAAACCUGGCUCAAGCCAAAGAGAGUUGUUUGAUAAGAACUUGGACAAUGUGCGAAAUGUUGCAAUGUUUCUGGCGGAGUUUAACCCCGAGGCGAUUUAUUGCAUCGCCAAGCCGCCAGUUGAGGCUUUAGUGCCGAUGGUGUCCGAGGAGUACAAAAAAGCAGAGACCUACGACCCGAGAAAAAUCAUCGGUGUGGCAACCGUAGCAUCAAUGAUUGCCAACACUUUCAUCGCCGAACACACUAAUCAGAACCCUGCCGACGUCCUCUGCCCCAUAAUUGGGGGCUUGAGCCCCAAAACCACAAUUCCAGUCCUCUCACAAACUAAGCCAAACGUCCCGUUCAAUCCGGACUUGUAUAAAAAAUUGCAAGAGGCUGUCGCCCACGGCGAAGAGACUCUUCUGUGCAAAGGCGCAAUGUUUUGCUACUCGAAAGCAGUGGCGAUUUCGCGUUUCAUUCAUUUGGUUGUAAAGGCCCUAAAAGGGGAAAAACACUGCGUGGAAAGCGCAUUUGUGGCCCAAACCGGCCACAUUGGGGAGUUUUUGCCGUACAUGACCUCCAUAGUCAAAUUAGGCCCCCAAGGGGUGGCGUCCACACACAUGCCCAAAAUAAACGACUUGGAGACGACGCGAUUGAGGGCCGCUGAGCCCCACAUUGUUGAAAAUAUUCUUCUGGGGCAAACGUUCAUCCAUGGCGACUUUUCAAUUCCUCCGAAAUUUAAAGUAAAGAGGACUUGUGACGCGCUUUUGAAACGCAAAGUACAAGAAUGUAACAAUCGUGCCGGAAUGCAAUAUAUUAACUAAACAAUUU